AUGUCCUGCAGUAGUGAUGAACAAUCCGAUAAGGAGUGUCCGCUUUGUAUGGAACAACUCGAAAUCGAUGACCUAGAUUUCUACCCCUGUAAAUGCGAGUAUCAAAUUUGUAGAUUUUGCUGGCAUCGACUGCUUACGGAUGAGAACGGUCUAUGUCCUGCGUGUCGACAACCAUAUCCGGAGGAUCCUGUCACUUUCAAGCCUUUAUCUUGUGCCGAUGUUCAACGGAUCAAGGACGAAAAGCGAAUGAAACAACAAGCGGAGAAGUUGCGCAUUUCUGAAUCACGAAAUCAUCUGGCAAAUUAUAGAGUCUUGCAGAAGAACCUUGUUUAUGUUGUGGGAUUGUCUCCGCGAGUGGCUGACCCGGAUACGUUACGGAAACCAGAGUAUUUCGGCAGGUUUGGAAAGAUUCUCAAGGUUGUAGUAGGUACUGCGCCAACGGCAAAUCAUCCGCAUGCACAGCCUAGCCAUACAGCUUAUGUGACGUAUAGCAAGGUGGAAGAGGCUUUGCGAGCCAUACAAGCUGUUUGUAAUGCUCAACUAGAUGGUCGAAUUGUGAAGGCCUCGUUGGGUACGACAAAAUAUUGUUCGUCUUUCUUGCGAAGUCAAAAGUGUUUCAAACCGGAAUGUAUGUACUUGCACGAAAUAGCUGAUAGCGAUAUCAGCUUCACAAAAGAGGAUAUGCACAUGGGAAAACACGCUGAAUAUGAGAAAAGAUUGAUUGAUACGGUAUUAAAUAAAACUGUACCACAAACACAGGAGAGGCGGACCCAAGCUUGGGUUAAUAAUAAGAAUAAUAUAUGUUGGGAACAAAAUGGAAGCGAAACAAGUGAAGAGACGGAGAAUACGCGUGAUGGGGGAUACAAUGGCGGCGAUGAGUCUCCUUCUGGUGACCCCACUCCGUCAGAAGCAUUUGGAUCACGGGAAAGGCAGUCUUCACACGAUAAGGAGAACAUUCCGAAGCGCAGCAAAGUUAAACAAUCGAGUCCACCGUCCGUUCCAAACACGCCAGCGGUGCCAACUCCUCCGCCCUCGUCGCCCCCACGAGAACCUACUCCUCCGUCACUUGAUUAUAUAACACCAGAACCCGAAACAGUUUCUGAAACCAAGCCGCCCUCGUCGAAAACAGCAGAGCAUUCAAAGCCCUUUAAUUCUAUUUAUAAUCAAGACACAGAGUCAAAGUUAUUGCGGUUAUUAUGCGGAAAUGAAGACAGCGGUACGGGUAUGAUUCCUGCACCUGCACCAGUCAGUGAGGCGCCGGCGCCUCUUGUCAAUUGGCAAACUCUUUUGGGUUUAUCACCGCAAACCACAAUGAGUAACACAACAACACCAUAUGCUUCUUCAAUGCUACAUUCACCAAUGACUCCACAAAAGACUCUAGUCACGACGCCGCCACCAGGUCUCGGAGGAUUUACGUCGGAUGACGACCUCGGGUUUGAUCCGUUUAACGAGUCAUCUAAAGGUCUAGCGCGAUUGCUAGAGGAGGAGGAAAAGAUUAAACAACCUACAAUUGCUUCCUACGUGAACCACCACUUACUGAUGCAACAACAACAACAACAACAACAACAACAAUUGUUUUCGCUACGAGAUCUGUGGAGCCGUCCUGCCUCUCUGUUUCCCGCAAUGAACACCACCCAACCACAGACGACACCACUUGAUAUGUUUGCCGGCUUGAUGACCAGUCACCAACAAUCACAGCAGCAACAACAACUUCAUCAUCAAUUGCAUCAGCCACCUAACCACAACCAUUUACAGCAUAAUCCAACACAUCAGCAACAACAUCGGCAACAAUUUGAUCCAUAUUGUGCACCUCCACCAGGUUUAACGCCACCACAACGUCCUGCAAUGACAUCGCAGUCUAUCUCAGAGUGGCAGGAAGGGUUGAAAGCGUUGUUGCCGAAUGUGAAUGAGAUGAAUGGUCAAUUACAAAUAGCCGAACCGCGUGUUUUUGAGAACAAAUACCACAUGUUUGUGUUUUGUUUGGAUGAAGAAAUCCCAUUAUCGUCUGGGAUCAUCAUGUGCGAUCCGUUCUCCAACGAUUUUGAUGCAUCAACAGCGCUUGAGCGUUCACCGACUGGAGGUGACGAGGAUAUUCAUGGAAGCCUUGAGGAUUUCGAAAGGGCACUUGUUGCUGAAUACCCGGAGAUAGCGCAGAAGAUAUGUGAGCUCGAUCUGCAGCCUGGAGAGAAAAGUCGAAAACAGCAAAAACGUGAACGUAUUGAGCGCCUUCAAUUAAUGACAGCAUCAGGACGGGAACUUUUCGAGAAGCAAGUGAAACCGCAAAAAAGCUUGGUGAACCUGUACACUCUUCAAAGCCAGUGGUCAGUAGGUCCAAUGUCUUUGCUUUACCGUGCUCUCAGAGAAAGUCUACGAAUUGAGAUUCACAUACGCGCCUGGAAUCGAAUUGAUCGCAUUGCUCAAGGCUAUCUUGUGGCAUUUGAUCGACACGUAAAUGUUGUACUUCGUGAUGUCGAUGAAGUCGCCUUGCCCGGACGAUAUAGUUGCACAUCUCUGAUUCUUUCAAGAAGAGAAGAGCGAGCGUUUGGUCGCCGAAGGGCAGAGAAGCUGUAUUUGCCCAUAGGCAUGCGUUGGCACUCGAGUGGAACAUGGCCACGUCCAUUAGGCACCUGCCGAAAUGUCCUACAAAGACGCAUCCCUUGUUCAAUGAUAAAGGGCGAUGCUGUAGUACUGAUACGAUUAAUGACGUAA